CAGAUAUGGGCAUAGGAGCAUAUCCAGAUAGGCCGUCCUGAAAGACUGGAGAAUAAGUCUCUAACCGGCGAUCAGCCCCUUGGAUGCAGUUGGGACGUACCUUUCAAGAACCGUGAAAAUGUCCGAUCCAUAGACCAGGAAUUUUACAGGCAUGGGCUUGAUACUAUAGAAGAUUGUCAGAUAACAUGGGACCCGUACAAACCAAGUCUGAUCGAUGGCCUGCCUGCGCUAUGCACAGUUGGAUCUGCCGUUUGGCGAUCAAGAACUCCAUUAAUCUGCUUCCAGAUAGUGGAAAUGCAUGUGCCUGAUCGUGUCUUACUACAAUUCGGAAUGAUGCAGCACAUUCCAGACCAAGUUGAGGCAAUUGAGCGUGUUACAAUGCAGGGAAAAACUGAUGAGGAUUGGUCUACCUACCAUGAUAGGUACAUUAAGCAGUGGGAUAACAGACUCCAUUCAGUCGCUGGCCAGCAGAUUGCCGUGAAUUCAGACCCUACUCAUGCAAGGAAUUGUUACUUAGAAUGGUACUGGCAGAUUACACGUCGAUGGAUCUCCACUCCAGUUGAAUGUCCGGUUAUACCCUAUCAGUUAUCUGGGCACAGUGAGAAAUCUCUGGUUGAUCUCGUAAGUACGGUGCAGGGACGAAUUAGAGCGUUGUUAUCAGGUGAAAUCGACGGGAAGACGGUCAAAGAAUCACUUGAAGGUAUUGAUAUGUAUAUUACUGCUGAAAUAGAGAAGGCGCGGUUUGCUAUUACGCCACGUGCUAAUGAACCAGGCUGCUUAAACUAUACGGAUCGACAUAUGGUUAUGCCCUCAACUCCGCUGCAGGUUAUGCAAAUUGUUGUUCCAACUGAAAUGAGAAAUGUGGGUGUUGAGUCAGCAACGACCUAUUCAGCUUCUGUGGAUUUUGUUCAAGCUACUGUUACAAAGCUGGAACAAGUCACUGAUGAUUGCAUGGAGGGAAAUACCAUACUACAAUUGGACCAAACGAGGGGAAUUCAACCUGCAGGAGGAACAGCUGCAGCUUCUCAUCCUACAGGAGAUGGCACCACCAACCGGAGCGAGGAUGUGCAUCAUCAGAAAGAAGAUCCUCUUUCUGUGUCCAUGACAGAAGUCAAUCUGCGGGACAUAAUGAGCACGCCUGUAGAGGAUGCUGUGACUGAGUUUAUGAAUACAUCUCCUAAGGAUGCUACACUGGAGGAGGCUUCAGAUGCAGAAAUGAAGAAUGGAGAAGGUCAUCUGCUAACUUCAUGUGUGCUCAUUGAGACCGUGGAGGUGCAGGAGGAUGUUGAACCUAUGGAUAACAAUAAGAUCCAGGAGAAGGUUACUCAUGAACCACAGGAGAGUGUUGAUGCACCUGUGAUUAACAGUGCAGCUGAGGAGAUCGUUCAUGUAUUCACGAAAGACAAUUGCAUGGACGCCGCUCAUGUUGAUCCUGACAGCGUUGCAGAUCAGAGAACGAAAAACAAAUUGUCUGAUGGUCAAGAAUUUGGCAAGAUCUUGGGUGUAUCUUCACAUGAUGAUCAACUGCAAAAAAUCACUAGUGCAUCUGAGAAGGAUGAUGCAGUUGAUGACACUGUGGACAUGAGAAUAGACGUAAGUACAGGUCAGGGGGCGAUUGGUGAACCUUUCAAUGCCACUGGACUUGGAGAGAACUUGAAUGCUUCUGAGAAUAAGCCAAGUUCAAUGAAAGAAAAUGCUGGACCUCCAUCAGGUUCUGAACAGGAAGAACCUGCUGCUGCUGCAGUGCCAGGGUGCGGUGAGGACCAUGUUGUUGAUGCGGCGCAGAACCUUAUCUUGCAAGCGGAUGUUGAUGACCAAAUUGGGAACGACACUUUGGACCCUCCAGUCUUGCAGAAAAUUGCUGUGCAUGUCACUAGUGUUGGAGAGAACCGUUUUAGUUCAUUCACUGUCGAAGCAACCGAUACACUUGAAAAGGAGACGUCUACCGGUGAUGGGUAUCCUGAUGAGUAUGAAAUAUCUAGUAAAAGGAGGAAAGUGGCGGCUUCUUGGCAUGAAAAUGCAGGGGCUCCAGAUACUAAAAUAGAGGGAAAUGCGAAAACUGAUGAGCAAACUUGCCGGCAUGUUAGAACUGGCAGCGCCCAAGCCCAGAUGGUAGCAAUCACAAGAAGGAAAACAAAUAAUGCAGAAGUAAUGCAGUCUUCUCCCUGACUCCUGAUCCUCUUUAGGCUGCGUUCGGUUGACAGGGAUUGAAGUGGAUUGAAUCCUCUAUAAGUCAAAUCCCCCCCCAC